AUGAAGGCAGCCUCUAUGAUUGAGAACUCACCUGAAGAUACCACUUCAGUAGUAUUCCUCACAGAUGCAAGAUCAGUCCUUGAAGCUCUGACAAACAACACCUCCCCAAAACUAGCAAAACUUAUGACAAGACUCAGCAAUAACCUCAACAUAGCACUCCAGUGGAUACCUGCCCACUGUGGAGUGUCAGGAAACGAGGAGGCUGACCAACUAGCUAAACAGGGAGCAAAAACAGAGCAACCAAAUACCCAGAUUACAUACAGAGAGAAAGUCAGCAUCAUAAAGGCAAUCACCAGGCCCCAGCAAGAGCAAGAUGCUUAUCACCUGCUUAACAGAGCAGAACAAGUAGUGAUGGUUCGACUACGCUCAGGACACAACAGACUGAAUGCCCACUUGUACAGAAAAUACAAGCUGGUACCCUCACCACUCUGUCCAUGUGGAGAAGAGGAACAAACUGCUGAACAUGUUCUUCAAAGAUGCAAAAGACACGAUCAGGAGCGAGCUGCGGAGUGGUCCGAAGACACAACCCUCAACAGAAAACUGUAUGGAGGUCUGGAAGAUCUAAGACGGACUACAACAUUCAUUGCAGAAACUGGCAUGAUUGUGUAG